CCUUCUGCGGCACAUUUCAAGCUCGUCUCUCUCGCACUCUCUCUCUCUCUCUCUCUCUCGUGCGAUUAUAUUUUUCUAAUUAGGGUUUGGAACGAAGCCCCAACCGCCAUUAGAGCUCCUUUGGAAGCUCCAAACUCUCUCCCCUACUCUCCUUGCCGUAUUCCACUGGUAGGGAAUCGAUUUGCGGAGACCAGUUACGCUCCUCUCCCUCUUUUCCUCUUCUUCUCUUCGGCGUUCUAGGGUUUUCUAUCGAUUGAGGAACUAAGCCCUAUCGCAUUCGUCUUCGGGGGGGAUACUCGGCUCCGUUCUCGGAGGAGAAAGUAGCGUUUCAUCGGUGUCAAAAGCGGUGAGCUUUACCUAUUAUUGUAUAGGAAAUUUGUGAAAAGGAGGGUUUUUGUGGCUCCUUUGAGUUUGAUUCGUAUACUGAGCAGAGUUUGGAUUAGGUUUGUUGAGGAGAUUAGGAGCCACGAUGAGCGAGCGGAGGGAUAACAUGGGACCGGAGAAGGAGACACCCGGUGAUAAGCCGGUAGAUGCUGAAGUUAAAGAAGAGGGUGCCCAAUCUUUGGUUGAGAACCCUGUAGAUAAGGAAAUCCCUCAGAUUGAAACCGAGCCUAAUCCCAAAAAUAGCUCGGAGUCAGUAGAGAAUCCUGUUGAGUUUGCUCCUGCUGAAGAGACCGCCAAAGACGCCGAAAUGAAGCGGAUUGAUGAUAGGUCUGAUCCGAACUGCUUAUCCGAUGUGAAAACUGAAGAGGAUAGGGAGAUGGUCGACGCCCAAUUGGAGAAUGGAAGUGGAUCAUUACCAGUGGUUGUGAAGGAAGCUCCUCAAUCAGAAGAUGCUCAAUUGGAAGUCACGCCAGUGAAAGAGGAAGAUAAUGGCGGAGGAGGAGGGGGAGGAGACCAGUCGGCGCCUUCAGAGGGUGCUACCCAUUCUUUCACGUUCGAGCAUUUCCUGGAUGGUGAGGACUCUGGAAGCGAGGAGGAGCAGUCGGCUUUCAUGAGGGAGCUGGAGAAUUUCUUUAAAGAGAGGAGCAUGGAGUUCAAGCCGCCAAAGUUCUACGGGGAAGGGCUGAAUUGCCUUAAGUUGUGGAGACAGGUGACUAGAUUGGGUGGUUAUGACCAGGUGACAUCGUGCAAACUAUGGCGGCAAGUGGGAGAGUCCUUCAAGCCUCCGAAGACCUGUACAACUGUCUCCUGGACUUUCCGAGGUUUCUAUGAGAAGGCACUUCUUGAGUACGAGAAACAUAAAAUUCAAACUGGCGAGCUCCAAGUACCUGCUCCUAAUCUCACGAAUCCCAUAGGCAUUGACACCAAGGUGGGCGUCGAUCAAUCAUCAGGCUCAGGGAGAGCCAGAAGGGAUGCUGCUGCUCGUGCUAUGCAGGGAUGGCAUUCUCAGCGCUUAUUGGGUAAUGGCGAGGUUGCAGACCCAAUCAUUAAGGACAAGAGCUCUGUUUCUUUUCUGAAGCGGGAUAAGAAUCUUAAAAGUUCAGGGUCACCGAAGCGGAAAAAAGCAUCAAGCCUGGAGCGCAGUGAUAAAGUUGCACGAGCAAAAGCUGAUAAGCAACAAGUUGAUUCAAUGGUUGUUGAUAUUGGGCCUCCUGCUGAUUGGGUGAAGAUAAAUGUGCGGAAAACUAAAGAUUGUUUCGAAGUCUAUGCUUUAGUUCCUGGUCUUUUGCGUGAAGAGGUGCAAGUUCAAUCAGAUCCAGCCGGCCGACUGAUUAUUUCGGGCGAGCCAGAACAGCCCGACAAUCCAUGGGGCAUCACCCCCUUCAAGAAGGUCGUCAACUUGCCCUCGCGCAUCGACCCGCAUCAAACUUCGGCAGUCGUUACUUUGCACGGACAGUUAUUCGUGCGUGCGCCAUUUGAGCAGUCAUGACCUGACCCUGUUGCAUAUCUAUGACGAAAGUGCACAGCUUUAAGCAUUCGCACUCUUGUCCCCUCGUCAGUCUUAGCUUUUUACGGGUCGGAACUUAUUCUGGGCGUGACACAUAGAAACUCAAGUUUGUGCAGAAAUUAGCUUUACCUAAGAAGCUUGUUUAGGCUAACUCUUACUAUUAUCUUGUCUUUAGACUAAAAUCUUGCUGCUGCUGCUGCUGCUAAUAUAAGUUGCAUGAGACUGAAGAGACUGAAGAGAAAAUAGACAAUAUCUAGAUAGCUUAGGUAGAUGUAGUUGUCCGACUGUAGAUGAUGAAGUUGUCUGAGUGAAGUUAAAAGGAUGUCACUUUGUAUUUUGCGUUGACAGUAUGAUACUUCAGUAAAUUAUUAACUUUUGGUGUUAUCCACGAUGAUGAGCCGGUUCUUC